AUGCCAUCAAGUAAAGCAUCAAAAAUUAGAGGGGAUCAAAAAUAUUAUACAGGAGUCGCGAAAGAGAAAAUUGGAAAAGUGAUUGGAAGUCAAAAGUUAGCAGAACAAGGAAAAGCCGAGAAACAAGCUGGAAUUUCCGAGCGUGAUGCUGCUUCUGUUCAAAAUGGUGAAAAAGAAAAACAUGAUGAAGGAGCUAAAGAACAGAAAGAUAAAAUAGUUAAGAAAUCCGAUGAAAUUAUGGAACAAGUUUUAAAAUGUAAAUUUACAGAUUGUAAAUUGUGA